CAAGAAGAAGGAGGAAAAAAAUGAAAGGCCUGAAAUUACUCUAGCCUCACAUCUCAUUUCCUCUCUACACAACACAAUUAAGCUCUUGGCUUAAAGCUCACCUUAUCCUAUCCACCUGUUUGUGUAUAAUUUCUAGCUCUUUAUCAUCUCUUUUCCUCGGCACAAUCUCUGUCCCCCAUCAACUUUUUCUUAUGCAAACUCUCCAUCUUCACCGAGUAAAAGCCCUUUUAGGGUUCUUCAAUAUUUUCCCAUUCUUCUUCUUCUCCUUCUCAAAACCUGUUUUUAUUCAUUGUAAUUCUUGGGUUGUUAUUAUAUGUUUAUGUUAUGAGCUUGCAUGAAGUGAGCUAGCUAGAUAUCUACAAGCUUCAUCGAUAAGAUCAAUUCAAGUCAUAGAUUUUAUCGCCAAAGAAGAGAUUGAAAUUGUAAACUUUGAAUUUUUAUUUUUGUUUGUGAAAGAAUUUUAGCUCUUUUGAUGCACAAUGGCUCCCAAAACAGGCAAGGCAAAACCCCAUAAAGCCAAGGGAGAGAAGAAGAAGAAGGAAGAGAAAGUUUUGCCCACAGUUACUGAGAUUACAGUUGAGACUCCUGAUGAUUCACAACUCACUCUCAAGGGAAUAUCAACGGACAGGAUAUUGGAUGUGAGAAAGCUUUUGGGUGUUCAUGUGGAGACUUGUCAUUUGACAAAUUUCUCUUUGUCUCAUGAGGUGCGAGGAUCUAAACUAAAAGAUUCAGUCGACAUCGUCUCGCUCAAACCCUGCCACCUCACUAUUGUCGAAGAGGACUACACGGAAGACCAAGCGGUUGCUCAAAUUCGUCGGCUUCUGGACAUCGUUGCCUGCACCAACAGCUUCGGCCCGUUUCCGAAACAGGCGGUCCGGUCCAGUAACGGUUUGAAGGAAUCCAGUUCAGUCGAGAACGAUGCUUCGGUUCAGAAAUCCGGUUCUUCUGACAGCGAGAAAGCUUCCAGUGGAGGUGUCGCAGUCGGACAGGUGGCGAAGAAUGAAAAGGACCCAGUUGAGAGUGCUGCGGAUAACUCCGACGUGGUGUCGAUGUGUCCGCCGCCGAGACUCGGCCAGUUCUACGAUUUUUUCUCGUUCUCGAACCUCACUCCCCCGCUCCAAUAUAUUCGUCGAUCCACUCGGCCAUUUCUUGAGGAUAAAACGGAUGAUGAUUUCUUUCAAAUUGAUGUUCGGGUAUGCAGUGGGAAGCCAAUGACCAUUGUAGUUUCCCGGAAGGGCUUCUACCCAACUGGAAAACAUCUCCUUAUUUGUCACUCUUUGGUUAGUUUGCUGCAGCAGAUCAGCAGGGUUUUUGAUGCUGCAUACAAAGCCCUAAUGAAAGCUUUUACUGAACACAACAAAUUUGGCAAUCUUCCUUAUGGUUUUCGGGCAAAUACAUGGGUUGUCCCACCUGUCGUUGCUGAUAACCCAGCUGUUUUUCCACCACUUCCAGUGGAAGAUGAAAAUUGGGGAGGAGGCGGGGGUGGGCAGGGAAGAGAUGGUAAGCAUGAUAACAGACAGUGGGCAAAAGAAUUUGCAAUUUUGGCUGCAAUGCCUUGUAAAACUGCAGAAGAGAGGCAAAUUCGAGAUCGGAAAGCCUUUCUACUGCACAGUUUAUUCAUCGACGUUUCACUUUUUAAAGCUAUUGCAGCUAUCAACAAACUCAUUGACAGUAAUCAAAGUUCUCCAAAUGAUCCUGCUGUUUCAAACUCACAUGAGGAAAGAGUUGGAGAUUUUGUUAUUAAGGUGACAAGAGAUGUGUCUGAUGCCAGUGUAAAAUUAGAUUGUAAAAAUGAUGGGAGUCAGGUCCUUGAUAUAUCAAAAGAAGACCUUGCUCAGAGAAACUUACUCAAAGGCAUAACAGCCGAUGAGAAUGCAACUGUUCACGAUACUUCUACAUUAGGUGUAGUUAUUAUUAGACAUUGUGGCUACACAGCAGUUGUAAAAGUUUUGAUGGAGGUAAAUUGGGAGGGGAAUCCUAUUCCACAGGACAUUGAUAUUGAGGACCAACCUGAAGGUGGUGCAAAUGCCUUGAAUGUAAACAGCUUGAGAAUGCUGUUGCACAAGUCAUCCUCUCCUCAAUCCACUAGUACAUUCCAGAGAUCUCAAAGUGCAGAUUUUGAGAAUUUGCGGUCUGCUAGGUCAUUAGUGCGGAAAGUAAUGGAGGGCAGUUUGUUGAAGUUGCAGGAAGAACCCUCUAAAGACACUAGAUCUAUUAGAUGGGAGCUAGGAGCAUGCUGGGUGCAACAUUUACAAAAUCAGGCUUCUGGGAAAAAUGAUUCUAAGAAAACUGAAGAACCUAAGCUUGAGCCAGCUGUCAAGGGCCUUGGGAAGCAAGGUGUACUGCUCAAGGAUAUAAAGAAGAAAACAAAUGCCAAAAUCAGCAAAACUGAACAGGGCAAGGAGUUUCCUGCAGAUAACAGCCUUGAAACAGAUAAGAAAUCUGAUACCGCUCAUCAGAAGGAACAGCAGAAACGGGAUGAGGAAAUGGAAAAUAUGUGGAAAAAUCUUCUGCCUGAAGCUGCAUAUUUGCGUCUCAAAGAAUCAGAAACAGGUCUCCACCUCAAGUCACCUGAUGAGUUGAUCGAAAUGGCACAUAAGUAUUAUGCUGAUACUGCUCUUCCAAAACUGGUGGCAGAUUUUGGCUCCCUUGAACUUUCACCAGUCGAUGGAAGGACAUUGACAGAUUUUAUGCACACCAGAGGUCUGCAAAUGUGCUCCUUGGGGCAUGUGGUUGAACUCGCUGACAAGCUCCCUCAUGUGCAAUCGCUAUGUAUACAUGAGAUGGUUGUUCGAUCUUACAAACACAUAUUGCUAGCUGUUGUAGCAGCCGUUGAUAAUGUUGCUGACUUGGCUACAUCAAUAGCAUCAUGUUUGAAUAUACUGUUAGGAAUGCCUUCAACGGAAAAUGUCGAUGCAAAUAUCACUAGCGAUGACAUGUUAAAAUGGAAAUGGGUCGAAACCUUUCUUUUGAAGAGGUUUGGUUGGUGCUGGAAGAAUGAAAGCUGCCAGGAUCUGAGAAAAUUUGCCAUUCUUCGAGGGUUAUCUAACAAGGUUGGACUUGAGCUUGUUCCCAGGGACUAUGAUAUGGACACUGCAUAUCCUUUUAGAAAGACGGAUAUCAUAAGUAUGGUUCCUGUGUAUAAGCAUGUUGCUUGUUCAUCAGCGGAUGGUCGUACUCUGUUGGAGUCAUCCAAAACUUCAUUAGAUAAAGGUAAAUUGGAGGAUGCUGUCAAUUAUGGCACUAAGGCACUCUCAAAACUUGUCUCGGUAUGCGGUCCUUAUCAUCGAAUGACAGCAGGAGCAUAUAGCCUCCUGGCCGUGGUGCUGUACCAUACUGGGGAUUUUAACCAGGCUACCAUCUACCAACAAAAAGCAUUGGAUAUAAAUGAGAGAGAACUUGGACUUGAUCAUCCCGAUACAAUGAAAAGUUAUGGGGACUUAGCUGUGUUCUACUAUCGGCUUCAACAUACAGAGUUAGCCUUGAAGUAUGUCAAUCGUGCUUUGUAUCUCUUGCAUUUGACUUGUGGUCCUUCUCAUCCAAAUACUGCUGCCACAUAUAUUAAUGUGGCAAUGAUGGAAGAAGGUUUGGGGAAUGUCCAUGUUGCUCUUAGGUACCUCCAUGAAGCUCUGAAGUGUAACCAAAGAUUACUUGGAGCUGAUCACAUACAGACUGCCGCCAGCUACCAUGCCAUAGCAAUUGCUCUCUCUUUGAUGGAAGCGUACUCCUUGAGUGUUCAGCAUGAACAAACUACCCUCCAAAUACUGCAGACCAAACUCGGGUCUGAGGAUCUACGGACCCAGGAUGCUGCUGCAUGGCUUGAAUACUUUGAGUCCAAGGCUUUGGAGCAGCAAGAAGCUGCACGCAAUGGUACCCCAAAACCAGAUGCCUCAAUCUCGAGCAAAGGUCAUUUAAGUGUUUCAGACCUUUUGGAUUAUAUAACCCCAGAUGCUGAUAUGAAGGCAAGAGAAGCCCAAAGGAAAGCUCGUGCAAAGGUUAAAGGCAAGUCAGGCCAAAACUGGGAAAUAGCCUCUGAUGAAUAUCAGAAGUAUGACAUUUUGUCUCCAACUUCUCCUGCUGUGGUGAAUUCAAGUGAUACAGAGAGCAAAUCUGAAGCUCAAUUCGCAGAAAUUGAGGAUGAGAAACCUCAUUCAAGUCUUCCAGGUCAAUCAAUAUUGAAUAAAAAUGAUGACCUGGCACAAGAUGAUACUUCAGAUGAAGGAUGGCAGGAAGCUGUCCCUAAGGGUCGCUCACUUACAGGUCAUAGAUCUUCCGGUUCAAGGAGGCCAAACUUGUCAAAACUGAAUACCAACUUUAUGAAUGUGUCUCAGUCAACAAGAUAUCGAGGAAAGCCCACUAAUUUUACAUCCCCAAAACCAAUCCUGAGUGAAUCUGCUGCUUCUGCUGGAUCUAAUCUUCCUGUUUCUAAGAAAUUUGUUAGAAGUGCAAGCUUCAGUCCAAAGCUAAACAAUGCAAGCCACUCCUCUAGCGGAACUGAGAAAUCAUCUCCAAUUAACCCAGCUCCCACUGACCAACUUGCCAAGUCUGCCCCUGCAGCUAGUCCAAUUAGUGUUAAAGCGGCUGGAAAACUUUUCUCCUACAAAGAAGUUGCUUUGGCCCCUCCAGGGACAAUUGUGAAGGUAGUGACUGAACAGUUACCAAAGGAGAAUCUUGCAGUGGAACCAAGUUCUCAGGUGAGUCAGGAGGCAGCUAUGUUAGAAGUCAUGCCAUGUGAUGAGACAGGUGUAAAGGUUAAACAGGAAGAGAAAGUUAAGACACCUGUGGGAGAGAAACAGCUUCAGGUUUCUGAGGAAGAAAUGAAAUGUCGUGUAAAUGAGGAAGAAAAGAAAGAAGUCGAAGAUUCAGUGGAAUCCAAAUCCCUGGAGGCAAAAAAGGGUGCUGCUUCUGAGGACUUGGAAACAGAUGCUGGAAAAGAAGCUGCAGUUGAAACCACAAAAGUUGAAGAGAGAGAUGAAAUUCUGAGAUCGGAGAAUUCAGAUGCUUCCAAGAAUUUAAAUGGCAUUACUUCUGAAACAGAAGCAUUGAAGACAGUAGAAUCAGAUGGAUGCCAAGCAGCCUCUCCUGAUCUUGAGCCUCAAUCUGUUUCAAGUGAAAAAAUAACUUUGCAGCCACGAGAAGAUGCUUCUGUUCCCAAAGAAGUGACAGAUAAAAACACAAAGGAUAUACCCAAUGGUGACAUCAGUGUUACACCGUUGACAAUUGAAGGAGAAAGGCAAGAUGAAGUUGAAACCGUAAAGGAAACAACCAAGAAACUUUCUGCUGCUGCUCCACCAUUCAGUCCAUCUACAAUUCCAGUUUUUGGUUCAGUCCCAGUUCCUGGUUUUAAAGAACAUGGGGGAAUUCUGCCUCCUCCGGUGAAUAUACCUCCAAUGCUUGCCGUUAAUCCUGCCCGUAGAUCACCUCACCAGUCAGCUACAGCUAGAGUUCCUUAUGGUCCAAGGCUCUCUGGUGGCUAUAAUAGAUCUGGAAAUCGGGUUCCACGUAACAAACAUAGUUUCCAUAAUGGUGAACAUACUGGUGAAGUGAAUCACUUCAGCCCUCCAAGAAUAAUGAAUCCACAUGCGGCUGAGUUUGUACCUGGCCAACCCUGGGUUCCCAAUGGCUAUCCAGUUUCACCGAGUGGUUAUUUGGCUUCUCCACAUGGCAUGCCAAUGUCUCCUAAUGGUUUCUCUCUGUCCCCAAAUAGUGUUCCAAUAAUGGCAAAUGGAUAUCCAGCUUCACUGAAUGGUGUGCCGGUGAUUCAAAAUGGAUUUCCUGCAUUACCUGUUGGUUCAGUAGAAUCGCCUACUAUUUUAUUUGUCAAUGUUGGAGCUGAAAGCAACACCGAGUCUGCAGGAGAGAACUCCUCAGUGGAAAAUACGGAUGAAAAGCAGCCAAUUGAGCUAAAAGCUCUCGAAGAUCAAUCUGUACAUAAUGAAAGCGCUCAUUCUGUAGUUCACGAAAAUGCAACAAACCAAGCACCAGUAACUGGAGACACUGUUCUGGUAAAAGAAACUUGCAAUGACAAACCCCAUGAAGGAAAACAAAGCAAGUGCUGGGGAGAUUACAGUGACAGUGAAACAGAGACAGUUGAGGUUACAAGUUGAAGGAGGGUUAUGAAUUUUUUUUUAUACAAAAUGAUCUGUUCAUGGCCGAGGAAUGUAUAGCUGUGAGAAACGAGAACUAUAGGUAACAUGGAAUCACAGGAGACUGGGAAUCCACAGAAAAGUUUUAUUCUGUCAUGAAGUUUCUGACAAGAUUUUCUCUAUACCCGUGCAAUAUGGAGAUGUUUUGAUAUAUACUUCAGUUUUGCUGCAGGAAGGAAAAAAAUGUUAAUAGGCUGGUGUUUGAAAGAAAAUUAAGAAGUAUACCACGAACUUAGUAGUUCAAUGGUGACUUCAUGUCCUUGCAUUUUAUUCUUUUUAUUCAUGGAAACAAUAAUGAACUGGAGGAUUUUGUA